AUUGAAAAGGGAUUUACGUUAUUUUUCUCUCAUUCAGUUCCUCCUCUUCUGUUUUUCUUCUCCUUCUUCUUCAGAUCUCUUUAUCACCGGAUAGCUUUUCUGUCAUUUGGUGGUGGUGGAUACAGAGGAGGAAGCGGUGAAAGAGAGUAGAUCGAUGGAAAAAACUGAGCGGCUGCCACAGAAAGCACAUGCAGCGAGACUAGGCAAGCGGAGAGCACAGUAGCGGCGGCGACAAGAACAGAGCGGUGAGAUCUAUUUAUUUUCUGUCACGGUGAAAGGGACAAUAGCAGUGGUGGUAGGGUUACGGCAUUAGAAGAGGUUGCGGCGGCAGCUAUGGUGGUCGAGGAGUCUAAGGCAGCGGUGGGCCCAGUGGUCGCAGUGGAGUUCGUGGUGAUAGUUGACAUGGUGAUGGUGGAUAAGGUGGAGGAUGCGAUGACGGUCGUGCAUGCUACAGCCAUGGUGGGCUGGGUCAAGGAUCGCAACCAGGGAGGAGGCGGAUGCCGAGGUAGCUACGGCAGCGUUUGUGGCGGCGGAAGCUGCUACAACUAUGGGGAGGGCAUUUUGCAACAAACUGCACAACAAGUCCUCUUAGAAUUUAAAGGCAGCACCACCAGAUCACUCUCAAGAGGCACGCUCCCACCUCGGGUGAUUUCUUCUUUUUCCUUUUUUCUUUUUCCAAUGACAGAUUGGUGAUGGUUUGUGAUGAAGAGUUGUGUGUUCCUUACUAUUUGAUCUGAUGUAUAUAUUUGUAAUGUUGUUAUUGUUGUUGUUGGCGUCUUUAUCUGGUGUGGAGCCGUUGAUGCAGAGAAUCCAGAACCACACUAUUGUUGCCUGGAUUCUAAUUGCCCUUCGCCAAAAGGGUGUGGGAGCAAGAUGAAUCCAAUGACAUGCUGAUUUCAAAGCAUCAACAUGAUCAAGAACUUGGAAAUGAACAGAUGAGGUUGCAAUUCAAGCUAGGCGAAUGCAGGGUUAUUUUAUGGGAAGCAGGUGCUUAGCACAGGAUGCCCACAAGAUGCAAAAUUUACAACUCAAUUUCCCAAGUUGGGAGAGCGUCUGGCAAAAAAAAAAAAAAGAGAUAGCGGCAGAUGCUCCGGAGCUAUUUCCGUUGAGCAGCAGAGAUGAAAAAAAGGUCAGAGGUGACGAUGGUUGUUGAUGCAGCAGAGACGAAGAACAGUGGCAGCAAUGAGUUGUGAGUUGUGUUGCUCCCGUCAUUGAAGAAGGAGCAGCUAGCGGCAAGUUGACCAUACCGGUGAAGAUAACGCAGAGAUCUGAGAUCCUGUCGUCCGCCAUGUUGCAGAGAUUGGGUUUCAUAGAUUUGAGAAACAAGAACACAUUUCUUUGAGCAUUUCACCAACCCUCCCUCUCCGAUGCCGCCGCGCCUCUUCGCUCCGCUGCUACCUGUCGUUGCUUGUUGCCCCGUCACACUCGCGCCGCCGUCCCUCCGUCCCCUGUUUCAAAUUGAAAACACGUCGUAGCACCUCCUUCUCCGUAUGAAUCUCCGGCAAUUUGUCACAUGAACUAUUAGGAGUGCUACUUUAAUUUGCAACACAUGAUUUCACAGUUCAUUAGUCUUGCAACAUCGAAUAAAUUAAUAUCUUCAGCGUUUCAGUGAUGUCGAUUAUCGGAGCAGAUAUGCAGACUCUUGGUGAUUCUCGCUUGAUCCUCAUCUUCCUCUCUUCGAGUCUCAAUGGAAUGCUUUCUAUCAAAACCAAGAGUUAGUUUUGCUUCUAUUUCACUGAAUAUAUGCACACACGUCAAGCAAAAAUUGGAAAAGAGAUAGCUAUUUUCUCAUUUGUGACAUUAUCAGAGGUAAUAUGCAAGCCUUCUGUAUAAGCCUCUGAGCAAAAUUGUUUUACUCUUAGGUAUUAGUGAUGAUGAAGCUGGUUAUUGAAUGAGUUCUGGUGCUGUGGACGCAGUUGAACAUGUGUUGGAGUUUGUGACUGAUUCUCUUGAUCAAUUUGGAAAGCUUGCUGAGGUGGUGAUUGCUGCGAUAUCUGUGAAUGCAUUAAAGUAGCAGUCCUGUUUGGAAAGUUCUGUGGUUGCUGAAAUUGGAGUAAGGAAGAAGGAUGCUGUUUAGAAGGAUCCUGAAGUGCCGCCCCAGCUACAGCUUGAUACAUGUCUGUUUGCAUAUUCAGCAUGGAUGGAUCAAACCUUGGCUGCAUCCAAGGACUAACUCCAAUCCCCUGAAAAUUUAGAGACUGAAGACACCCCUGUCGGCGUCUCGCAGCCACAUCAGUGGAGAACUCAUACCAAAAUCUUCGUCCUUCAAUCCUGCUAGCAUUUCAUGGGGAGCAGAAUGAGAAUUUCUUAUUGUUUUGCAAUGUUGAAAUGAAAUGGUCUAUAGGAGGAGGCAAGCUGCUUUGGUUUUACCCGCUAUAUGUCUUUAGCAUGGUUCUAAGCAUCAUCUGGUAUAAUGACAUUGCCAAGUUUGGGUAUGCUGCAAUGGGACGAUCCAAGUUCACAGGAGAGAAAGACUCGAGCCAAAGCAAUUCUCCAACUUGACAAAAUGCUAGUCAGUUAUGAGCUUGGGGGCAGCAGCAACAGAAGAAGAUGCAAAUCUCAUAGCCAAAUUAUUUGGAUCAAUUGGCAAAAUAUGGAAAGCUGAUGAAAAGUAUUUUGAUGCUGUAACUGGUCUGAGGGAGUCCCGCGCUCCAUUGUGAAAAGCUCAGCAAGAGCCUCAAGAUCAAGUUCUUGAUCAUGGCCUUCCUCAUUUCUACUUCAUCCUCAACAAAACAACUUCUUACUCCCAUAGAUGAAAAGCUUGAUGACACCAAUUUCAACACAUGGCACCAUCAAGCAUGGCUCACAAUUCAGAGUCUUUCAAUGGAGACUCAUCUUGAUUGGGCUAAUGCUCCUAACAGAUUUGAACCCGUGACGAAGUCUCUGCCUGAAGCAGCAUCCAAGGUUGAUGCAACCACCAAAUCUGAUUCUGCAAAAGAUACUCCAACAGAUCUGCUUCAAGAAACUGAAGCAUUCAAGAACUGGAAGCAAGAUGAUCUCUCCCUUACCAGAUGGCUCAUGGCUUCAAUGACUACAUCAUACAAGAACAAGAUCGUUCAUUGUGCCCGUUUCUGUGAUGCGUGGACUAGGAUCAUCACCUACUUCUCCUCAACCUCCAAGACAGGAAUUCAGAGCUUGAAAUCUCAAUUAAAAUGCGUCAAGAAAACAGAGUUAAUCUUUGCUGACAUAAAAGAGGAAUCCACCAUGGAGAAGAAGAAUGACAAGAGCAAGAGCAUUCAGGACAUCCUCCCUCUUGAGCUGAUUCUCAGAAUCCUACUGCGGGUUCCGAUCAGACAUCUUGCUCGUCUUAAGUGCGUUUCCAAGCUGUGGUACUCUGUAAUUUCUGAUCCUGACUUUGCGGAAUUGCAUUUUCACCACUCUCCCGCUGCCACCAAUGCAUGCUUCUUCAUAGAAAACAACCUGGCAUACUUUAUUUACUUAGAUGACAAUGAGGCAUCACAAAAAGUGGUGUCCCCUUUCAAGAAGAAACCACCUCAUUUUGCUGACUUGGGAUCCUGCAGAGGUUUUAUUAUUUUGUAUGAAGACCCUCAUUUUCUUGUGGUAUGGAACCCACUGACUGGAUUCAGCAAAAGAAUAUCCUAUCGUCAUAAAUACCGCGAGUUCCAUCUCUAUGGAUUCGGUUAUGAUGCUUCACAGGAUGACUACUUAGUUUUUAUAGCUUGGCAGGAUAAGGAUGACCAUUAUCAAUUGGAUUACUUCUCCUUGAGAACCAAUUCAUGGGUUAAUCUUGAUGCUGUACUCCCUAAUCCCUUGGGUUCUUAUAACUGGCAUUCUCGUGGGUUCUUCUUUAAUGGCGCUAUUCAUUGGGUGCCUACGGUUCUUGAUGCUUACAAGGAUGUGAUUCUUAGCUUUGAUCUUAAGGAAAGGACUUUCUCAAUGAUAUCUGCCCCGGAACAGGUAGCGAGUUCAUGCUCCUGUCCAGGUCUCGCCCUACUAGGAGGCUGCCUAGCCUUGUAUUAUCGCAAUUAUGAUAGCCUACAAACUGAGAUAUGGGUGAUGCAAGAAUAUAAAGUGCACUCAUCUUGGACUCUCUAUCAGAUUCCCUGUGAUAUCUUUCAGCCGCUGUGCUUUUCCAGUAAUGGUGAUAUUAUUGGAAGAGGUUGUAAUUUUUCUGAUAAAAUAGGUUACUUCAUAUAUAAUAUCAGAGGAGACCAGCUCAAGCAUUUUAAAGAUCUUUGUUGUCCCUAUCAUGGAGCCUAUGCUCUGUACACAGAGAGUCUCUUGCCACUCCCUAGCGACAUUAUGGAUAAGGACAAGAAGAACUAAUUGAGCUUGCAUAUUCAUGGACUGUGACAGAAAAAUGUGAUGUUUAUAGUUUUGGAAUAGUGGCAAUGGAAACAUUGAUGGGAAGGCAUCCGAGAAAGCUAAUCUCAUCUUUAUUUGACACUUUUCCACAAAACAUGUUGUUGAAAGAUCUGUUUUUCUCCUGUAACAAUAGAUUUAAGAUACAACUUGUUGAAUGGAAGCAUAUUUUCUUACUCUGGUUAUGUUGUUAACCUUAACUAUAGUCAUAGUUUGGAUCUUUGAUUAUAAUGACUCCACUGGUAAAUUGCACAAAGAACGUGCUAAUCCUAGAUACAUAAACCUUUCAUGCAAUUCCUUCCUUUACUUU